CAUUAUUUUUGCUGUCAUUGUCAAAACCAAAAAUGGCCGAUGCCUGUCAGGUCGUUCGAAAACAAGAUUUGCCUCCUCCGGGGGGCUAUAAACCGAUUCCUUUUAAAAGAGUACCCGCUAAACAAUACUUUAGUGGGUACACUCUAUUCGCUGGUUACAUUGGUAUGACCAUUGGUGCAAUCUAUUUGUAUCGAUUAAAUGCACUAAGAAUCCAGAAACAUGAGGUCGAAAUGCGAUCCUCAAAGAUGGCCAUUUACCCGAUGUUAUUGGCUGAACGCGACAGGGAGUACUUGAAGCAACUCAGAAGAAACCGGGAUGCAGAGGCUGAACUAAUGAAAGAUGUUCCUGGAUGGGAGGUUGGUACAUACUAUGGUGAGCCUGUAUACAAGCUUGUGCCCCAAGACACUCUUGUGGAGCCAAUCUUCCAUGAAUACUAUGCACACACCAACCCAGUAGAUUGGUUUAGGAGAGCUUAUAUUAAACUGCGCUCUUAAGCAGUUAUUUUGGUCUAUUACUCAAUACUUAGCCAACAGGCUUAAUUAAGUUGCAAAGUUAAUUUGUUAAUCUGUUCAUAUGAAAACAUAUUGAGAAAUGGACUAAAUUAGUCAAAAUUGUGUGCAGAUGUAAUUUAUGUAGUUGCAAUGAAUAAAUUUUGUUUUAUUGGA